AUGUCGACUCCGGUUCCAGGCCUGUCGGCAGGCUUUUUUGCCGGACCAAGAACACCAGAGCCGACGAGCUUUGCGGCCACAGACGCUGAAGUGCGUCCUCCCUCACCUCCGCGGCCGCGUCUUCGCCUGAAGAGGCGCCCGGUUCCACAGCUGCUGGCUCCGACGCAGAACUUUUUGGCGUCUGUCGCAGCGGCUGAGGGAUCGCUUGCCGAUGUGCCCAUCCCCAGCAUUGAAGAGCCCGACGCGCCGGGUUUCGUUCCGGGGCAGCUGUUUGGUCUGUCACAGAGUCGUCUGGUCGAGCAGCAGGCAUGCUUGGGUCCCGAGGAUGACGGGACCUUUCUUAGCGUCCGCGGUCGCAGCCGGUUCUCGCCACCAAAGACGCCGGUGCCUGGACCUCUGCCGUCGCUCUCGCCGUCGCGGUAUCCCAACUGGUCGAUCGACUCGGUUUUGAGCAGUUCGGCCGAGUCAAGCCCAGAGCGCGAUUGCGGGUCCAGCCGUCCGUCGACGGCGCGGUCUACGCAGACGAGCUCGUCGUCGCUCUUUAGCCGCUUUUCGCAGCUGUCCGACGAGGACAACUGCGUUCUUAUCAGCCCGGCCGAAGAGAGCUUUGCGCAGUACAAGUCAGGCCCUGCGCGGCCGGGCAACGAGCUCCGGAGAGACGCACUGCUUGGCCGAAGUGCCGCCGUGGAUAGACAGAACGCGGCAGCGUCGCGACGACGGACACAGACGCUGAGAAAGGCGCCGUGGACACGAGCAAUGAGCUCCCAUCUCUGGGCGACGUACAUGCUGUACCUGCAGGACCCCAAGGUCACACCGUUUCACGUCGGCAAGAGCUGUGUGCCACCGCACGGCGUGUGCACGCGGGUGGCGCGCGAGGCCAAACGGAGCUGGAAGGGUACCAGAACCAGAGUGGCCGAGAAGAGCGGCAGCAGCACGCCGACAGCAGGCGGCAGCUCUGCAGCAGGCAAGGUCUUUAUGGAAUGGCCGCACACCAACGCGGCGACACGAGCGCAUCUCCGGGAGCUGUGUCGGCUUAAGGCGUCGACACCUGGCGGAGGCGCCCGCGAUUUGCAGUACAUGGCGCGCACUCCGACACCGUUUCAGUCCACAACGGCGACGACGGUGACGACAGCAACAACGGCAGCGACGGCAGCGGCGCGGACGCGGAACCUGUGUUCAGGCCAGCCGUCGACGCUGUCGUCGUUUGCGACACGUGACAUGGCCGUGUCUCUGGCCGUCAGUACGUGCGAUACCAUGCAGCCACAGGCGCCGAUGGCCCGGUUGACACGGUCGACACGGUCGAUCUCGGAUGCGGCAGUGUCGGGGGCGGUGCACUCGCUGGCAGGUCGGCUCAGCUCGGUGAUGGCGGCCGAGGAGCCUUCGUUUGCCGAGCGAAGACGACUGGGCUCGCCGUUUGGGGCACGCAGCUAUGGGCCGAGUUCGUCCAGCUCGUCCAGCUCGCUGGCUGCAGUGCUGGGCCUGUCGACGUCGGCGCCGCGCCAGCACGCACACACGAUCGGCUCUCGUCGCUCGCUGCAGUCGCCGGUGCGUCUCAACCGGACGAGCAUCAGCACCGGCAACAGCACCAGCAACAGCACCAGCACCAGCAACAGCACCAGCACCAGCAUUAGCACCAGCACCGCCAGCAGCACCAGCACCAGCAGCGCCCAAAAGCGACGGUCUCACCAGCUGGCUCGAGAGUCGCGCAAGCGGCCUAGCCUGGACUCUGAUUUUUUCACGGAGCCGUUUGACUACCACGACGGGACGACGACGACGACGGUCUCGGACAGCGAGAUGGACGUUGGCCCAACCAGCGGCUCGACGCGUUCCCGGGGAGUGAUGUUUGUGCCCCGAACCAUGACCGCGUCGUCGUCGGCCUCUCUGACCACAUCCACAUCUGCGCCCCAGCUGACGACGGCGACAUCGAUGCCGGUGCCGGUGCCGCAGUUUCUGCGCGAUCUGGCCGACGAAGCGCCGCUGUAUCCGCCUGCUCGGCUGGGCUCGCCCUUUUCGGUCGGCGGCCAUGCCCAUGGGAAUGCGAAUGUGAAUGCGAAUGCAAUUGCCAGCUUCAGCUUCCCGAAUCGGCUCUCGCAGCCGGCCGACUAUGAGGCAGCACCGGCCAGCCGGCCGUUUGCCACAGCGCAGCGGCUCAACCAGUCCAAGGCAGUGCCAGCUCGCGCCAAUCUUGCGUCGCGCAUGACCUAUCUGGACCAGCGGCUGCGAGAGCUGAACAGCCGGCGGGAAAGCCGACGAGAGAGCCGACAGGAGGGCCGACUGGAACGCCGAUCAGAAUCUCCUCUGUAG